CUGCGAGGUCAGCCCGGACACAGGCUGACGAGGACAGUGUGGAUUCCUGUCUAGUUGUCUAUAUAUAGUUUUGAUUGCCCCCCCGAAGAGAAGAGUGAGAGACUCACUUCUAUUUAUCGUUUGAUAUCCCAAGCUAACGUUAGCUUCACAAAUCAAACUCAGCUGCAUUACGACGGGGAUAAAAAUGUUAAUCCAGAAAGUUGUUAGGAACUGUUUUGCCGGGUUUAAAAAUGUCAGUUUCAGGUGGUCUGGACAUCAGGCAUCCGUUGCCAUAAGAAUGCGGCUACAGCACAGUCAGCCCCAGCAUGGAGAGGCCCUCCCCUACCGCCCAGAGACAGCAAGCGCAAAGACCUUGAUGGACAUUGGCACGCGCAGGAUCUUUUCAGAGGAGCACGAUCUCUUCAGGCAGAAUGUGCGCCGCUUCUUCCAGGAGCAGGUGGUCCCUCACCACGAUGAAUGGGAAAAGGCGGGCGAGGUGAGCAGGGAGGUGUGGGAGAAGGCCGGAGAACAAGGGCUGCUGGGAAUUUACAUCCCUGAGGAACACGGCGGGAUUGGAGGGGACCUGCUGUCUGCGGCCGUUGUGUGGGAGGAGCAGAUGUACAGUAACUGCACGGGCCCUGGCUUCGCCUUGCACUCCGAGAUUGUCAUGCCCUACAUCAGCAACUAUGGCACCACGGCCCAGAUUGAGCAGUACAUCCCCCAGAUGGCUGCUGGGAAGUGCAUCUCUGCCAUUGCCAUGACAGAGCCUGGAGCUGGCAGUGAUCUUCAAGGGGUACGGACAUACGCCAGGAGGGAUGGCAGUGAUUGGAUCCUGAAUGGGAACAAGGUGUUCAUCACCAACGGUUGGAUGAGUGACCUGGUGAUCGUGGUGGCAGUAACGGACCGGGAAGCGCGGGCAGCUGCUCAUGGGAUCAGCCUGUUCCUGCUGGAGGCCGGGACUCCAGGCUUCCACAAGGGCCGCAAAUUGCAGAAGAUUGGCCUGAAGGCGCAGGACACGGCUGAGCUGUUCUUUGAAGAUGUCCGUCUCCCAGCCGACGCUCUCCUGGGGGAGGUUAACAAGGGUUUUUAUUACUUGAUGAAGGAGCUGCCCCAAGAACGCCUGCUGAUUGCAGACAUGGCCAUCGCAAGCUGUGAGUUCAUGUUUGAGGAGACCAGGAACUAUGUCAUGCAGAGGAAGGCUUUUGGCAAGACCAUCGCCCAUCUGCAGACGGUGCAACACAAGUUGGCAGAGUUAAAGACAGAGAUCUGCAUAGGGCGCACCUUUGUGGACAGCUGUCUGAAGUUGCACGCAGACAAGAAGCUGGAUUCAUCUACAGCCUCUAUGGCUAAGUACUGGGCAUCGGAACUCCAGAACCAUGUGGCAACACAGUGCUUGCAGCUCCACGGGGGGUGGGGCUACAUGUGGGAGUAUCCCAUCGCCAAGGCCUUUGUGGAUUCCCGUGUCCAGCCCAUUUAUGGUGGUACAAAUGAGAUAAUGAAGGAACUGAUCGCACGUAACAUCAUCAGCAAGAAGUGAGACUGCAGUAAGACACGCCCCCAGUCCCCACGAUCUUCACUGGCCAGUCAGUCCAAAGGGGAGGUUGUUUCUAUGAUGAAGAACCUAAAGUUUACAUUUAGGUUCCAACUAAAAGUAUUGGAUAAGGAUUAACCAUGUGCUUUGGUGGAGAGCUGUUCUUGCAUUGGCCAUUUUCGUCAAUACUGCCUUGUACAAGACAAAAAAUAUUGCUGUAAAUCUGUACUGGACCUUAAGCCAGUGUUCCAGAGAUCAAUUUCUUUUAUUUUCCCAAGCAGUUCAAACAUUAAAGUGAACUAGUUGUUUUAACAAAUACUCAUUUCCACUUGGCACCAAGUUACUGGGGGUAGGUGACAUUCUCUAAAAUAUGGAAUUUUACAUGUAUAAUUAAUUUCUUGUUUAUUGUAGACCAGCACAAUUAAGUCAUCCCUUUUUGGAGCUCAGUUGUUCAUUUUUUCCAUGGAAAGUUGAGUUGCAAACUAAAUAAAUAAAUAAGCUUGAUCUCUUUUCUCUGUUUUUUGUAUGCUGUAAGGUGGCAGUAGUUUUUACUCACUCUUUUUAGAAAUUGGAACAUUUUUUGUAAUUUUUUGUCAUAGGAAAUAAAUGUGCUGUGGACAUGUUUGGGUAUAUGUCAUUAAUGAGAUUCAGGAGAAGAAUUUUCUCCUGUGGCGUCAUUACAUAGUAAAAUGUUCCAUUAUGACUGUUUUACUUUGAACUGGCUUCCAUCUGAGUAAUAGUGACAUCAUGCUUGUGCUUUUUACUGAAUUGUGGGUUUGAUCAGUAUGUUCAGCAUUAAGAAACUGUGAAAAGGGAUUUUACCAUCUCUUUGGUGCCAAAUUGGUUGAACUUUUUGUGGCAUGGCAAAAAGAGCUGGAUGUAUUCUCUGUAUCAUGCUCCUGAUGUCUUUCACUUUCAAAAAAAAUUGAUAAACAAAUACCUGAUCAGAAUUUUGUAGAAACAAUUCCGUCUUUAUAAGAUUGUGUUUGAAAUUAGUGUUGUAGCAACUUCUAUUUGUCCAUUUUGGAACAGAGCAAAACUGAAACGUGUUUUGAAAUACUUUAUUGUAUUGAAAUAAAAGAAAUGGUAAAGAUGUUGAUUGACUUAAGUGACAAUAAGACGUUGCUGAACGAUCUACUAUUCAUAUGCCCACUGUGAAGUUAUUUUGGUCUGACCCUGUAAUAAAUUGCUCGUAAAUGAACUGGAGACUAUAAUCCUGGA